UAGAUAUCAAAAAUGAUCCAGUUUGUUCUCGUACACCUGUAUCAGUUAAUAAUAGAAACAACACACCUGUGAGCUCGACAAAUGCCAGUUGUGAAGUAUAUGGUCAAGGCUUGUGAGGAAGCGAUAAAGCCAUGAACAUUAGGAGCAAUGUUGUGGUUUGUAAGGAAUAAACUAACAAAAAAACGAUUGAAAAUAAUUUACAAAGUGAAAAAAUGCAACAACCGAGACGUAAGUUGUUUCUUCUGCUGUUGGUUUGCGUUGUGUUUGUUCUGUGGAAGAAUGCAGCAUUUAAAAAGAAAGAAAUUUCUUCUACAUCUUAUGAGAAGAGCUGGUUGGUCAAGUUUCGAGAAAAUCUGAGAAAUCAAGACAGACAGCCUGAAAUAUAUCGUAGAGUGAAGCGAAUGACAGAAAUCUGUGAAAAAUACAACAUGAAAGGAAAAUUUUCUUCUUACAAAGAAAUUAUUCGUGGUGAAUUUCGCUACGUCGCCCUCAGGAUAAGUAACGAACCUUUGCUGAAACUUCGAAGCAACCGGGACUACAAGAUGGCAACGUGUGUUAACCUCAAGUCUGGAAGCAGUAGUGCUUUAGGCUUUUUAUUCAUAGUUCCAAAUAAUCGACAUAAAUAUCCUCAUGGUGAUGUACACUUAAGAAGUAGAACACCCUAUAUUUGCCUCAGUUUUGAAGAAUAUAAAAAUGGCUCAUUUCCUGGCUUCUUGCUUUACAUGUUUGUACGUCAUCCUUUUACACGACUAGUGUCUUUCUAUCGCGAUCACAUUCUUUAUCAUUACAAACUGAACAACACCGAAAGAACACCAAACCUGCCAGAUGUUCACAGUGAACUGACGCUUCCUAUGAAAUAUUUAGAAGGAAAACCAAUUACCUUUCGAGAUUUUAUACAGGCUGUGCUUCAUGCUGAUUUUCACAAUCCAAAGACAUUUGACUACCAUUGGUUACCAAUAUGGAUGACGUGUGCACCUUGCCAUAUUCAGUACAACUUUAUAGGAAAAGUGGAAACUAUGUCUGACGAUUUGAUAUACCUAAGUUCACUCACAGGUCUCACGGCAGAGCUGGCAGAACGACCUGAGGUUAUGUGGUUACAUCAAAGUGGAAGAAAUAAUGUCAGUUCUUCAGCACUAACACGUCAGUUUUUCUCAAGUAUUCCAAAGCACGAGAUUGACCAACUGUAUGAGAAAUACAAAUUAGAUUUUGAACUGUUUGAUUACUCGUUAAAUGAAGUAUUAUGAAUAAAAUAGUAAGUAAUAUAUAUGUAUAAUAGUGAUUCACAGGGGGCAGAUUCAGUAGGGCAGAAAAAUGAAAAUGCGAAUUUUGAUGGAAAAAAAUGUGAGUACUAGUAAACUGUCUUACUAUACAU